CUGACCGACUGACGGCAGUCUUGUUGCUCUCGCUGUUCUGUUCGACGAGUAAAUUCCAUGUGAACCCGCCCAGGACAUGUACACAUACUAGGCUGUAUCUAGUACUCGUCUAUGCUGACACAAAUCAUCCAGCACCCGGCCGUAUGUGUGUUCUGAGAAGUGGUAACUGAGAGCCAGUCCGAGAAGUAAGCACGAUGUUUGAAGGUGUUGUAGCCACAUUACUGAACCGCUACCUAGGGAAGUACAUCCAAGACCUCGACACAGAGAACCUCAAUGUCGGCAUAUUCAGUGGUGACGUUCAGCUAUCAGAACUGAAGCUGAAACCUGAAGCUUUGUAUGAAUUAGAUCUGCCAAUAGAAGUGAAAGUGGGCACAAUUGGUCGUAUAACAAUCCACAUCCCUUGGGGAGGACUGUACAGUCAAAGUGUUAGCGUAGAUAUUGAGGAUGUAUACUUGAUAGCUGGCCCGAUAACUGACCGGGAAUAUGACCCAGAGAAGGAAAAGAGGUUGAUGCGGGCUGCCAAGAGGAAGAAAUUGGAAUUUCUAGAAUCUGAAAGUUUUCUUGGAACAGAUGCUCCUGAUUCAAGGAGUUUUUUUGAGAACUUAGCCACAACUAUCAUGAACAACCUGCAAGUUCACAUUCACAAUGUUCAUGUUCGCUACGAGGACUCUACUAUGAACAGAGAUGUUCCAUUUGCUUGUGGCAUUUGUAUUCAAGGAAUAUCUGUUGAAACUACCAACAGCAAAUGGAAGCCUAUGAUAAGCUACCAAGGGGCCAGUUCAGUAUACCAGAUGUUGAAGGUGGAAUCGUUGUCAGUGUACGUGAACCCUAGUGUCCAUACUCUGAUAGGUAGUUCUCCUGGCCUUGCCACAUCUGCACCAUAUACAUGGCGCAAUGAUAUGAAACGUGGCCUAGAAACAUUCAGCGUCAACAAUGAAGAAUUCGAUUUUAUACUGAAGCCUAUCGCUGCCAAGGUGAAGGUUAUAGUGAACAAGUCAAACGAGGCACGCGUUCCAAAACUGCUUGUAGAUUUUGUACUACAGGACGCAGCAACCCAGUUGAGUAGGCAACAAUACCUUGCUCUGAUCCAGCUGCUUGAGUCCUUCCACCGGAUAAAGUUGAACAGGAAAUAUCGUCAAUUCUACCCCGGAGUGUGUGUGACUGGUCAUGUGCCACAGUGGUGGCAAUAUGCUUACAAAAGUGUGCUGGAGCAGCGAGUGAAUCCGUACACUUGGCAACGCAUGGCUAAACACAGAAUGAACUAUCGCAAAUAUCGUGAUGUGUACGCACAGAGUCUACUGAAUCCGACGGACACAGAACUGAAAUUAGAUUUGCAGCAACAUGAAGACCAGCUUGAUAUGCUGAACAUUAUCAUUGCACGAGAACAUGCUAAGAUUCAGCUGCACAGAUCCAACCCAGAGCGAGUGUACGUGUUUGAACAUGAAGGUGUAUGGUGGCGUGGUGGGUUGGAUGGAGAGUCUCGCACAGAGCUCAGGGUCAUGGCAGACAAAGGUCGAGGGAUUUGGUCCCAGCUCUCCGCCUCAGAGAAGAACAAACUCUUUGACGCAAUUGGCUAUGUUGAGGAAGUUCCUUGUCGGCCAGAGAAACCAAAACAGUACAUAGAGCACAAAGUCAAUUUCACUCUUGCCAACUGCAACCUAAGCCUAGUGAAUAGGGGCCGAGAGAUUCUGGUGCUGACCCUUGCUCAGUUUCUUGCCAGCAUUGAGACGAGACCAUCUGCCCGAGCAUUCAAACUCUCAGCUCGCGUGGAGAGCUUUGUGGUAGAGGGUGCUAGUGUGGAGCAUGACUUAGUUCCUAUCAUUACAGCGGAUAACAUUCUUACAGGAAACACGUCUUCCAAUUUUCUUGCUAUAGAUUUUGAGAAAAAUCCACUGGGGUCAGAAGCUGAUUAUGGAUUAUCUAUUUCAUUGGAAUCGGUAGAAGCUGUCUACCAUGAGCAUGCUAUAUCAGAGCUGAUGAGUUUUCUGCAGGCACCAACAGUGUCGUCUCUUAUCUCAGUGGCUAAAUCUACCUCUUUAGGAGUCUUCCACAGCGUUCAGUCUAUUGCCCAGAGAGCUAUUGCCAGACACAAAGCCAUCCAACUUAACUUGGACCUCAAACUACCCUACUUGGUCAUACCCGAGCUUGGAUCCUUACAAAAAGGUGGUAACAUGGCUGUGGUGGACUUGGGUCAUAUCAAAGUUACAAGUGAACUUCAGCCCACCAACAUCAAUCUUGAAGAUGCCACACAAAUGGAGUUAGAAGAAAGAUUGUAUGAUAGGUUUCACAUUGACUUCUCAGAACUUCAGAUCCUCUUUUGUGAUUCAGGUGAGGAGUGGAGAGAUGCUAAGAAGCAGUUGGACUCUGAUUACCAUCUUCUGCCAAAGCUGCAAUGUCAAGUUGUUUUCUCCAAUAGUGUGAGACCUGAAUAUAGGCAACUACCCAGGCACAAGCUGAAUGUAACUUUGAGCAGUCUGAAGAUGAACUUAUCUGAUCGCAAGAUCGGCUGUAUCCUGGACUUUGUGGACAACCUGCCACUGCCGACUGCUAACACAGUGCAUGUGUCUGUGUCAUCUGCAGAGCUACAAGCACAACAGAUGAUGGAGCCGGAGGGAGACACACAGUACACAGCUCUCCGGCUGGCAGAGAUCAAAGCGACUCUGGUGGCCACUGAGAUGACCCACAAGAACAGACCACUUCCUACAGCUAACAAAGCUGCUGCCAAAAUGGCUAUGCUUGAAGUUGACAAGAGCUUUAUAUCAUCUGAACAUAGUGAUGAAGAAAUGGAGCUCUGGGCUCGCACAGUUGACUUGCCAGGCUUCGAUGACAAUGUGUCUCCAAACAAUGUCAUCACAAUGCUCCUUAGAUUCGUUAUUGGAGAGGUGGUUAUCCAGCUAUGUCGCUCCAGUAAUCGUAUUGACAAGCCAUACCUGAUGCUACGAGUGACCAAGGUAGUGUGUGACACAGCCCUGAUGGAGUAUGGUCCAGCAGUACAGGCAUCUCUGGGAGGUGUACAGCUGGUUGAUAAGCUUCACGUCGGGUUGGCAGGAGAGUACCUGGAACUAAUAGCUACCGAACCAGCAACUGAUGUGAUUUCUCUGCUUUACAGGAAGGUUCGAGCUGACUGUCCUGAUUUCAAGAGCCAUUUUCACAGUGUAGAACAGUCUUUGGUGGUUGAUUUUUCAUCCAUCAGCGUUAUACUCCAUCGUGAGGCCUUUGUUACUCUAAACAAGUAUCUACAGUACCUUCUGCAGAAAGUCCAGAGCAGAGACAUAGACUUGUGGUUGAAAACGAAGCAAUUCCUUGUGCCACUGAAAGACAGGAUGUGGAAGACAUCAGUAGACCCACCCAUACCUCCGGGAGCUACCAAGUUCAGCUACUCUACUAGAAUGUCUCAAUUUCGGGUUCGGCUAUGUGACACUGAUAUGGAGUUCCUGGAACUCAAGAUUGGAGGCCUGGAAAGUGACUGCAUGUUCAAAGCCAAUGAACGGAUGGUGCUGAGGUUUUACUUGAGUUCAAUUACCAUUGAUGACCUUUCAGACAUGACUCUUUAUCCUAAGGUCCUAGCAGUGGAUGAUGAGAGAGUGGUAGAACUAAAAUAUGUGAGACACAGUCCACGGUUGUAUAAGCACACAGAUGUGGACACUAAAAGAGAUGAUGUAAAGUCUGACGGUAGCCUCAAACUUCAUGUGGGCCGUAUUCAUCUUGUCCUCUUCUACAAGAUGUUUAUUGACAUACACCAUUUCAUGGAGCCAUUCAUUCGACCUGGACUGGUGGUAGGUUUGUUGCACUCAGCUGAGCGACGUCUUGUAGAACAGUUGGCACUACUACGAGGUUGGAAUACCAGGCUCCACCUUUCUCUCGACAUACAAGCUCCUUCACUGCUUCUGCCUCAGAAACUUGCUUCUCCCAACCUUAUUAUUUUUAAUAUGGGGGAUUUGAGUGUGGAGAAUUUCUUCAAGGAGGUGUCAGGUUGUGGAUUGGACAGCUCUGUUCCAGUAAUCGACAACAUCCUGGUGAAGUUGGAGACAGUACAACUGUGUCGGGCUGUUAUGACACUAGCAGGCUCACUGCAUGUUCAGGAACCUAUAGUUGAACCAAUAAGCAUGCGUAUGGACAUAAAACGAACAGUUGCUUAUCACACAGCGAUCAGUGCUCUAUCUGGUGUUUACAUGCCAUCCAGUGCACAGAUACUGCUGUACAGGAUUGUAGGAGUCAUUGAGAACAUCAAAGUGAACUUAGGCCAGAGAGACCUGGCAACGCUGUGUUCUGUAUGGACAGACAACUUCAACGAUGGCAGAUUUAUCGGAGAUGUUACUGGAAGCUGGCAGUCCACUUCACCACUAGACCCCACUUCUCCCAGUGAAGACCCAGCUGUCCGUAAACUAGCAGCAUUCUUCUCCCACAGUGAACAAGUCCGCAAGGAAGCUUCUGUCAGUCUUACCUUUGAUGGUUUACAACUCUACUUGUUCAGUGAUAUGGAUGAGAUCCUAAGUUCACCAGUGCGAGACUUGAAUCACGGCCUGUGCAAGCUGGAGACUGGAGAAGGUUCACUCAGUGUGGACACAUACACAGAUCACAGCCUGGAACUGAAGAUGGCUUUGCAGUCUUGUAGUCUGCAGGAUAUCCGACCGGACAACACCAGUACCAUUAAGAAGAUAUUCCAGUCUCAUGGAGGUGAUUCCCAGGGGGAAACUAACAGUCACAUUUCUGUCUCCACUCCUCCCAUUGUGGAUGUGACGUUCCGUCAGUCCCAUACCGGAGAUCGCUGUGUCGACAUUCUCGUGGAGAGGACCAGGCUCAACCUUUCUGUACCUUUCAUCCUAGAGCUGGGGCGCUUUGUCCUGGACGCUCUCCCUGGUGAUAGAACAUGUGACGGUGGUGUCAUCAAUCAUGGCUAUGUGGGAGACACGGGUGUCCAGGGCAAAGCGCCGAUGGAGCAUCCUCGACCUCCAAGCUCUGCUGACAGCACUAGUGGUUACUUCUCGUCUGGAGCCUCUUGUGUUGACGAUCAAGCAGGUUUGUCGAUCUCACUCCAGCUCCGCCGGCCAGAGGUGAUGCUGUUUGCAGGGAAGGCAGGUGAUGGAGUUGGAGUGACCAGUCCAGCUCUCCUGAUGCGUACAGAGUUUCUACUGGAUUACAGUAGACAUCCUGGUCAUGACAAUCUCGUCUGUUCUCUCUCCGGCCUUCAUAUCAUCUCAAACAAUAGGAAACCUCAUCUCGUACUGCAUCCAUGUGACUUGGAAUUCUCUAAAACUUUCAAAUCAGAGGAGGGAUUGAAAAUGUUAACCAGUGUGAGCACCAUAGACAUCCAUUUGUCUGCUACCAUUGUCCACACUAUACUUGAUGUUAUGGAAGAAAUUAAUUUGAACUUGCAGACUGAGGAGCCUGACCCACUUACUAAUGUGUGUCACAUGGGGAGUGACCUUGAGGAUUUAUGGUCACCAAAAAAAAUUGCUCCUCAAAUGUUUCCUCAACAUUCAGUGGACAAUGUCACGUAUGGACAACAGUGUGAGAGCAGAUUAAGCGAGUCGCUAACAGUCUGCAUGACCAAGCUGCGAGUUGUCUUGGAGCUGGAACCUGCUGGAGCCCUCGCUGGAGUCAAGGUGCCAGUGGUGAUGGUGAGAGCAGCAGCAGAGGCUAGUCUCCAUGACUGGUCCUCCUCAGCACAUAUGCAAGGAGAAGUGCAGUUACAAGUAUCGUACUACAAUGCAAAUGUUGGAGCUUGGGAACCUCUUGUAGAGCCUCAAGUUGAAGUUGAAAAUGUAUACAGACCAUGGGAAGUGAUGUUUAAGGUGUUCCAAGCUAAAGCAUAUCCGUUGUCAUCAAGACUGGACCAUGAAGUGUUGGAGGGAGAGAGGCCACUACACAAGCCCCCAACCAGGAUAGUAGGAGAGAGAGUGGGGGGAGACCAGGAGUCAGAGACCUCAGCAGAUGAGCAGGAACCUGAAGCAGCUGCCAUGACAUUUAUUCGGAGAAGAGAAACUGACUCUCAUCGCAAAACUAUGCACGAAAGUGUCAGUAUGGUUGGCUACCCUGCAGAUUCUGACUCUGAAAAUGAAGAAGGUGUAAUGGAAAAGUUGGCAUGUGCAAUUGGCCAUCUGUUCACGGGGGACAGCAGCGAUGGAGAGGCCAGUGAGUCGGAGGAAUCCAGUGGAGCUGAGCCAUCAGGGGAGACUGAGGGGGCCUCAGAGAUGGAGUCCAUGAGUGUUCAGGGUACUGUAGUGGACCGUGACGAACGAGCCGUUUUCCUCAAGAAACGCAGUAAUUCAGUAGACUCUGGGCUUGAAGCAGAGUCUGUGGACCGACUGGCGACAUAUCUGAUGAUUGAGUCUAGGGACCGGCUGGAACUGACUGUCACUCCUGUAGCACUCGGAGUACUCGCAGACCUAGUAGCUGCCUUCACGCGCCAGUCCCAUCCUUCACUCCACAAGCUACCAGGCUCUCUCAGCCUAGUCAAUGAUCUGGCUCCCUACUCCACUGUUACCCUCCUCUCUAAAACCGAGGCCACACCCGGGCAAGUAGUGAUGACUGCAGCGUACACUCGGUCCGACUCCUUGCCUAGCAGCCCCGCCUCCACCACAGCCACUGCCGACUUGCUGGAUGAACACACUCCAUCUGAGUCUGACAUCGAUAUUGAGAGCUUUGAAGGUGGAUUCUCCAUGUCCUCCAAUCUGACACAGGGCAAAGGUGAUGUCCUCUCCCCACUCAUGAGAUUCCCCACGGAGACUGUGGCUAAGUUGUACAACAAAGUCACUGAUCAGCGGCUGCGAAUAGAGAUACCAGGGUUCGAGAAGCUGGAAGUGUUGUGUCCAAGACGCACAGUGAGCAAGGUACACCUGCUUCAUCCCACAGACAGCAACAAGACAGGCGCUCGCUACCACCUGGUCACCAACUUGGAGAGCAGCGAGUGGGGCCUUAACAUCACUGUGCGCUCUCCCCUCCAGGUUCGGAAUGAGACAUCUUAUGCAAUGGGUGUUUACUACAAGAAGCCUGUUCUAGAGGCUUUGGGCCUUGAACAUAUUGGUGAAUCUAUGAACCCAUUUGAAGACACAAACCGCAUCGCAAUAGUGGAGCCGGACGAGACAUACAAUGUUCCUCUUCAUGUUGCAUAUCAUUGCAAGCUUUACAUAUUGCCUGCUUAUGUGGACAGUUACCAUGUGAGCGAGAGUGGACUGUGGUGGCAGGACCUGGCAGCUGACCUCAAUACACCGAGAGAUAUAUUUUGCAUUCCUAAAGAAGAAAAAGAUCAAACUGUAUUCUCUGUUCGUGCUCUUUGUGAAGAAGGAGUGGCAACGAGUCGAGCAUCUCGUUCAAUACCCAACUAUCUGAUACGUCUGCUACCUCCCCUAGCUGUACAUAACCGUCUUCCCUAUGCUGUUGAAGUAAAAAUUCCUUCAAUAAAGUAUGAUGUGCGCAUUGAAGCUGGCGAGAAAGCCAAUAUAUACUUCUUGAACCUUCUAAAGAUGCAUAAAAUUGUUGUUGAAGUGCCUGCCUAUCUCGGUAUUCCCUGGAUGGGGUCAUUCAGUUUGAGUCCUGACUUGGAAGAGAAAAUAGUUGCCAUGGCAACAGAACACGAUACAGAAGGUGGCAACAAACAGUUGGGCCUUAACAUCAGAGUGGAACGUAGUGAGACAUGUGAUGUUAUGGUCCAUGCUCCGUACUGGAUCAUCAACAAGACUGGUCUACCAUUGCAAAUACGGGCUUCACUGUCUGACGUGGUAUAUGAGGCUCAGAGUGAAGAGCCCCUUCUAUUCUGUUACCGUAAGCAGCGUCGCCGAUGUGUACGGCUCCGAGCUUAUCAUUCUUCCUGGUCUUCAGCAUUUUCCCUGGAUACAGUUGGCUGCUCUGGCCUUGUUGUCUGCAGGGAUCGUGAGAGGAAACGUAGAUACAGGAUUCUUCUCACAGUCAGUUUGGCCUGCUCUUCCCCACAUCUCACCAGGAUAGUUACGUUAUUGCCCAACUUCCUGGUAACCAACGAGAGCCGGCGCCCUCUACGCUUUAUGGAGGACAAUGAACGAGCAGACCUCUGGAUUGAUCUUGCUCCCUCUCAGUGUGUUCCGUUCUGGCCAGACACAGACUCAAUGAGAAUGUUUGUCAAGUUUCGAGAUAGUAAAGUUGUCUCUCAGCAUUUUCCCAUUGCCAACCUUCACCAGACGGUUCUCCGCAUGGACAGAGGAUGCGGAUUGUGUGUGGAAGUGAGUGGUGGGGGGGAGCGGCCUUUCCACAUCAUAUUCCGCUCUUACCAGCUGGGAGACGCACCGGUCAGAGUUGACAAUCUAUGUGAGGAUCUCUUUCUUAAGAUACAUCAACAGCAGCUUGGUCAGGUGGCUCUCUUGAGUCCAUACCAGUCAAUGUUAUACACCUGGGAUGAUCCAUCAAAGGAGCGUUGUUUGUUGUGGAAUGUGUAUAACAAGAAAUGUAAAGGAUUUAUUGCAGACUUUAAUAAGGAUGGGUACGGCCAGGAGAGAGUGAGUUUCCACAUGGUGAAACAGCAGUCCUCUGUGCCUGCCACCCCGACUGUCACUGUUACUGCUAAGCUGUCUGCUAGCCUCAAGCGGCUAUCUACACCACCCCAGGAUGAGAGUAGUAGCAGUGAUGACAGUGAGUCCGAUGAACUGCAGCGUCCUCAGUUGAUGAAGAAGACCCGGAAAGACAAGGUGGUAGUGUUUUGGGUGAGCUAUCUGGAAGGCCAGCAGAGAGUGUUGUUGUUCACCCAGGACGAACGGGUUGCCUACCAUGCCAGAGGAAAGAUAGAUGCAGAGAAGAGCAAUUUGGAGAUAUUUCUGUCAAUACGGGGAAUUGGUUUGUCUUUGGUGAAUAACACCAACAACAUUGGAGUGACAGAGCUGGCUUAUGUGAGUGCCAAUGACUCGGCUGCUGUAUGGGAAGUCAAUGUGGCUCAUAAGUGGAAGAUGCUUACUUUGGAACUGGCAUCAUGGAUAGAGGAAAGAUGGCGAUUGGACUGCAAAAAAGCACAGAUGAAAGAAUAUGUUCAUGUUGACUUUGAGAAGAUGCACAUGACAAAACCAUUUUUUGGAGAACUGCGUCGGCGUUACAGCCCGGCUUUGUGGGUACAGCAUCGAAAAUCUCAACAUCAUACAUAUCUCCAUUUUAAAUUACAUCAUUUACAGAUAGACAAUCAGAUGAUAGAUGCUGUGUUUCCCACUGUACUCAACCCUACUCCUGUUUCCCAACAUAUUGUCCGCAAAGUAGGCAUCAAGCCCUGCAUUGAGUUUGCAAUGAUGAAACGACAUCGUCCAUCUCAUAAUCAGGAUGUUUACAAAUUUAUCAAAGUACUGGUUCAAGAAUUCUCUGUUCGUCUGGACAAGGGCUUCAUGCUAUCAAUGUACGACAUCUUGUCUCCUUGGCUACAAGAGGAGAAGGCUGCAAUACGUAUCAGGAAAGACAUUACAACUCUACACCAGCCAGUCACAACCAAGAAUAUCAGUUCAGCGAGAGCCUCGAAAGUGGUGGUUGAGUCGAUGCACCUAUCCCCGCUCAAGCUACAGUUCAGUUUCUCACCACGAGGGGGCAGCUCCAGACACCACUACUGCUGUCUCACAGGCCGCUCACAAACUGUGGAUGUGCUGCAUUUGCUGCUUGACUCGAUUGCUCCCACACUCAGUGACGUCAAGGACAUCAAGUUGAAAACGGCUUUCUAUGAGACACGAGGUCGAGUUGUCACCCUAAAGAAUGAGCUAUCAGAAGUGUUUUGUCACUACACUAGUCAGCUGUUUCAACAACUCCAUGUCCUUGUACUUGGCAUCGAUGUUCUGAGUAAUCCUUAUGCUCUCAUCUCAGAUUUCACAGAGGGACUUGGUGAUCUGUUUUAUGAACCACCUUUAGGUCUACUGGAAAGCCCAGAAGAAUUUGGAGAAGGUCUGGCUCAAGCAGCACAAGUUAUGAUGGGUCAUUGUGUUGGUGGGUCCACUAACACAAACACUCUCAUCUCCUCAUCUCUCACCCACAGUAUCAACUUUGAUGAUGACUUCAAGAAGAAGCGAAGACUGUGCCUGCAGUUGUCUAGUGAACUUCCAGAUGCUCUGUUAGCCAGCAGUCGCACUUUUGAGAUGGGGGUUGCGCUGGGACUUUCUGGCAUCAUCAUGAAGCCUAGCAUUGAUGGCAGCACAUUCACCAAGCACUACCAAGGUUCACAGCAAGAGGGUGUUGAAGGCUUCUUUAGGGGAGCAGGCAAAGGAUUGAUGGGGUUGUUAACUAAACCUUCUGGUGGUGUGACCGACUGCAUUGCAAUGGCUAGUGAUGGCAUUAAACGAGCCUCUGAAAUGGGAGAGGAUAUAAUUCUUCGCACAAGACUUCCUCGAUACUCAAAUCCUUACAUGGGCAUUAAGCCUUUCUCAUUGUAUGAGGCAACAGGAAUGCAGCUGCUGAAUAGCCUCAGCAAGGGUCACUAUGCUGAUACUGACGUGUACUGGGCUCACGCCACUCUGAGUCCGGAGUGCAAGUCUACACUGCUUGUCACGCUACAGCAUGUGUUCCUGGUGGAGAAGUGCAGAGUGUGGGGCAUGUGGGAAAUUGACUGGAUGGUAAGGGUGGACGAUAUCAUGGCCGUGCCAACGCUGCAUAAUGACAAACUCACAUUCAAAGUCAGACAGGACGAAAGUUUUAACUUCUUCUCCGGUGACGAGCGUUUCAUUCAGAGUAAUGAGACUGCGGUGCUGCAAUGGCUACAAAACAAGGUUGAGACUGUACUUAUUCUCAAUAUGGAGGACAAGCCGUGUCCAUCCUCCCAGCUGUAGGCUGCGGAGGUGCGCCCACUGCGUCCUCAACAUGGCUGUGAUGUUGCCUAGUUUACGCGUUCAACUUUUACGGGAUGUGCUGAAAUAGUGGCUAUUUGUAACUUUUCCUCUUAACACAGCAAUGAAAUGUUGUAGAUUUUAGCAGUAUGAUAAAGAUUAUAUUUUAUGAUGUUAAAUUUAGGAGUAGAAAGUAAUAAUGGUAGACUUCUAACUAAAACUUCCUAUUUCUUUGAUAUCAGAUGGCCAUAUUUUUAAUGUUACAUAUUGAUUUGCUCUCACUGGGAAAAAUAUAUUAAAAUUGCAACACAAAAUACUCUUGUUACUUAAAUGUAAUCCUUGACAGCCCAAGGAAAGUAUUGUCAUUUAAAGGUUCUUUUAUGGUCCACAUGUUUGGUACAGUUGAUAUCAUGUGCAUUACUCAGUAGAUCUUACAAUCACAAAACAAUAUUAGAUCCAUACUCUUACUUUUGUUGCUCAAAACAAUAUUGGCUAUUUUUUUGUAUUGUAUAGUAUUGAAUUUAUUAAUAAAUGUUUUAUUUAUAGAUAAAGCUUAUCAAAGGCACAUAUUAUGUGAAUAACAUUGUGUCAGAUUUAUAAGUCAUCUUUUUUUGUAUUUAUUCUAAAAUAAAUGUUAUUGAAGUAUAAAAUGGUACUUAAGAUGUUGAGUGUUUGAUUGCAAAAAAUUGUAACAAGUUUUAAAAUAAUUUUUUAUUGUAUUUCUUAACAUUUAUUUUUGUUAAGGUAAAUUUUUUUGGUACUAAAUAUUACAUUUAUUUAAAAACUUGAAUUUGUGCAUGUUAUAAAAUUACUAGAAGUAAGAUGUAAUAUUUAGGUGAAGGUUCGGAAAAUGUAAAUUUAUACCCUUUACAUAAAGUUUGUUUCUUAAUACGCAAUUUCGUUAGAAUUUAUUCAAUGGUUUUAUUUAUAAAAAAAGUUACACUACCAAUAAAUUAUUAUCAGGAUGUGUAAUACUACAAAGUCAGUAACAUGCAUUUAGGUACAUUAGAUAUGUCUUUUGCAAUCUGUUUCAUGUCUGACUUGAGAAAAGAUUUUGGAUAAUUUGUAUCCUGAACUCACAACAGCUAAGGGGCCCAUCCCAAAAUUAUAACUAUAAAUUGCCUGAAUUUGUUCUCAAAAUUUGCAUUUGAUCCUCUCCAAAAAUUUUAAAGUUAGUAUUAUAUUUCCCUCCCAUAAAAGCAAACGGAAAGAAGUCCGAAUCCUCCAUCUAAAUUCCUCCGUAAAUAGUAAAGCAUUUUGUUUAAAUUUCUUUGUGUCAAGCGUUUUGACAGAAUAGGACUUUUUAAUGUGUGAGCCAAACGUUGGCAGUGUUUGAUAACUCCUUUGUUUGGAGAAUCACUCUCCCUCACUCACGUGCUUGGUUGUAAUGACAAUACUACACAGACCAAAAACAAGAGUGAUCAGCAGAAAAGUUUGGCUACCAGAACCUUCGUGACCUUACGGUACAUAUUAUACAAUCUGAAAUUUCAUGUUUGACAGACGUGUAAAUUUAGAAUGCUAAAUUUCUGUGUACCUGACUGUGGGAACCAAAUUUUAGCAGAACAUCAGUUAUUAUUAACUUCUCUGGUUGUGAUGUAAUUUAUUCAUAACAUAUUAUGUUCGAUACAGAGAAGUUUAUUAUGGAAGUAGAGCAACGUCCAGCUCUAUACAAUGUUAGCUGUAAGAAAUAUAGUAAAAAGGCCUGGUGUUAGCUUGAAGUUAUGCAGAUCAAAACUUCACCACAUCUUGCAUACAACUCAGCCAAUGCAAUGCAGCAACACAAAAGAUUUCUUUCUCAUCUAUUUUGAUAUUGGCUUAAAAACAAAAUGGAUGAGCAUUCUGCCUGCUUAAAAAAACACUCAUACAGUUUGACAUGCCGAAAUUUUAUGCAUAUGCAUAUUAGGUGUGGAAAAAAUCUGCUUGUAUAGUCACAUUAAAUUAGGCUGGGAAAUUUGAGUUAUACUAUAAUAUUUAAAUUUCUUAACUUGGCAGUACAGAUCUCAUAAGGUGGGCAUCUAGGCAACAGUAUAGAGCUGAUCAGCCUAACUCCACUUUAAGUACAGUCGAUCAGUUAUUAUAAUAUUAAUGUUUGUACAUUAUGACAAAUUUUGAUUUAACUAGCAAUGUGAUUUGUUUUAUUCACUUGCCUCUUAUUACAAUUAUGCCAUUAAUUACUGAAAUACUAAUUGAAUCAGAUUUUACAUUUUUAAAUGUACAUAAAAAUAAUAGUUAAAUAAUAGUAAUAAAUAGUUUUGUAUAUUUAUUUUUUUUAGUCUCUAAGUUAAUUUAGCUCUAUUCACUCCAUUUCACUUAGUCUAAAUCUGUUUUUAACCAUCUAAGGGUUUACUGGGACUUGAAGUACCAGCAAAUGCAUUUAUAUCAGAAAAGAUGUAAACUCUCAAAAGAUGACUGACAUGUUAACCUUUAUUUCUAUGUAUACUUGCAAUCCAAAUUUAAUGGAAUAAAUAGAUUAUAUUAAUUUUACUUCUUUCUCACUGAAAGUCUAUUGUUAUUUAUCAGUUUUUUAUACAACUUUUGUCUGUCAUUACAUUGCUAAGACAAUCUUAAGUACUACAUUUAAAACUGUCUCAAAAUAUGUUGCUUUUUAAAAUAUAUAGCAAAAUAAAUAGAAUAACUGCUAUAAUAAACAUUAAAAAUAAUUCUUUAUAAAACAUUCAAUCUUCCACUUUUAUAAAAAGUAGUUUAGUUUGUAUAUCUUAUAGCUUAAAAUUACUUCAUAUCCACAUCAGAUUUCAAUGUAAUAUAUAAAAACAAUUUGCUGAUUAUUACUCCAGUUUGAAUUAAUAUAGCAAUUAGAGUUGUUUAGUACAGGUGAUAAAUAUUAAUAACUAAAAAAAAAAUGCAAAACCCCGUUUUCAAAUGUUUCCUAGUUAAGAAUUUGUACAAACUGAAGGAGGCUUUAAUGAAAGGAUUGAUAAAUUUACCUGAUAAGUAUAUUAAAGUAUUGUGCACCUGACAUUUAAGGUACAUUGGGUACAUUUAAGGAUGAUUUGGGAUUUUUUCUAUUAACUUUAACAAUAUAAUCUCUAUUCCAUUUCAGUCUGCAUCAUAUUAUUCUGGUUGUGAUCAAAUGGAUUAUGGAGACUAGACUAACUACUAACUGCUAGAGUAUUGAUUAUACUUUAAUCUAAAUCACACUAAAUGAUGAAAUGUGUCACUAGAUGACAAAAGCUGCAGAUAAUUUUUGUUAAUUUAUUGUAUAUUGUAAUAUCAUAACAUAAAAAUUAAUAUCUACUAAACAUGUUUAUUUAUCAGAAGGAAACACAGUGCAGGGUACUUUGUAAUUUAAUUAGUAUUAUGAAAAAAACCUGCACUCUCUGUUCUCUAUGAAUUCUUCCCUAUUCAAAGUUUAACCAUGGCAAUAAAUGUCAAUUGACUGAGGGUCUGAUAAAGUAAUGAUACAUAAACCUUAAAGAGUUUUCCUUGUAAAUUCAUUCCGUUUUUGAUUAUAUUCUUUAAAACAUUGUUGUUAAUAAAUUGUAAAAAUUGUCAACAACUAAAAUCACUUGUGUGAACAAAGACAGGUCAAGAAGAAUGUAAAAAUGUAAAUAGAAAUUAAGCAAGUUUACAACUGUUUAUAAAAAGCAUUACACUGGUUGUAAUUAGGUUUAAUCAUAUUGGUAUUUUUAGCUGAAGUCCAAUUGUGUGCUCUGCUACAUUAUAUUUUAUCGUCUACUGCCUCAUGCUAUAUCUUGGUGCUCACCCUGUAAAAUUGAGUAAUUACUAAAUAAAAAUAAUAAAAUUGCAAUUACUACAAUAUCUCAGUUGGUGAAAACUAUUUGCUAUUGUAAAAUUAAGUGAUACUGUCUGCCCAGUAGUCGCAAGUGACAUACACUAUUACAGUACAGUACUUACAAUAAUAGUUUAACCUAAUUGUUACAAAAAAUAACCCUUUCUCUUCCAGGCACUGAAUAUUGUGUAUAGUAAAAAAGAUUAAUUUCUGUAUGAAACUCAAUGUAUAACAUUCUAUAAAUAAUAUGAACUUACUAUUAUUAAUUCUUGUUGUUGAAUUUUCCGUAGCCCUUCAUUGAUUUGUUUGGGUUAUAAUAAAUUUCGCUAUUACUGCUGAUGUCAUUUGUACUAUGAGACAUGAUUAUCACUAAUUGUGUCUUUUAAUUCACUUUCACUUUUUUCACUACCUCUUUCUUUAAAAAGAUUUUCAUUAAAUCCUGUAAAACCUUAACAUUUAUAAAUUAAGCACAAACAUAAAAUGUAUAAAGUACAAACUGCAGUUAAUAUUUAUAAAACAAUGAUAAUUUGGUUAUAUAUGCCAAAGAGUAAAAGAUGUACGUCUUUUCAUACACAAAAUACAACAAAAACACAAUUUUAUGAUCAGUAAUUUACAUAACGUUGGUUAUAAUAAUCAGCGAAUAGACGGAGCUGACUCGCAGCGAUGCAUAUACAUAGAUGUAGAAAAUUCGAGCUGCAACAUAACAUUAUUCACGAAACUACUACUAGUGUUAAUCAGGUUACCUAUCUAUCACUUUUCAAACACAAAAAAUGACAUAACACGUUUUAGCAAUCAGUAAUUUGUGUUCUGCAAAUCAGCUCUCAUUCCCAUAUAAAGAUACUCCGAUGCACGAACUUAAAUAUAGAAGAUACGAAUUAUAAGUCAAUCAUGUAUAUAAAAUUACAAUAUUUCCUUGUUUUGGUUAACACCUCCAAUUUUUCUGUUUACAGUUGCUAGCCAAAUGAGAGUAUUUUUCAUAUAACAAAGAACUCAUCACGCCUCAGACAUUUCAAUUUCCCUUUGUGACAGAUAUGGCCGGCCCUUUGUGCAAUGUAAACUGUAGGAUGAGCCACACCCAAUCUAGUCUCGAAUGGGUUAAGUAAACAACUGACUUAGUUAUCAUUUAUACCUUCCUAUGAAAUUAACUUUCAGUUUAUGAUAUUAUUAAGUAUUUGAUAGUUUUGUAAAUUCAAUUUUUCUUGAGAAUAUAUCCUUUUAAUGUGUAGAUAAGGUAAUAUUAUGUAACACUAACUGACAAUUAUACAUUGAACAGUGUAUUAUACUAGGGGAGUUGUUGAUGAAAUGUUACUUGUUGCAAGCACAAUCUAAUGGCCAUGAGAAGUAGAUCAGCCGUUUGUGUAUGAGACAGAAAAUAGGACAGACAUACAGAAACAAGGAGUACUACUGAUAUGCUUAGUUAAUCUCAGACAUAACAAGAAUUCGCAAUUGAGAACACACAUGAAGUUCUCUAUUCAUUGCUUUUUUUCUACAUGUGAAGUAUAAAUUCUCUAGACAGCUGUAAAAUAAGAGAUCAUUUGUACUCUGGUGAAAUAACAGAUGAUGGUGAAAAAUUAAAAUGUAAACUAUAGAAAAUUGAGUUUUACAAAUCUAAAACAAUAUGUGUGUAUUAGUAUUUUAAAUUUUUAUGAAAAUGGAGAGUAUUAUGAUACUUUUUUCUCCACCUAACCAUGGGCUACUUCACUGUAUAAUGAUUUCAGUAUAAUCAGAACAAAGCAGGAAAUAUGUGCAAUAUGAAGUGGACUUAACCGUACCAACCAAGACUUAAAACUGCAAUGUCAGUAAUACUUUUGAUAAUAUAGCAAGUAUUGAGGCAAUCAAGGAUAGCUAUUGCUUUAAAUAGUGAUAUUUUUUUCAAUAAUUUCUGUCAUGUAAAAUUAUCCAUGAAAUAUCCAAAGGUCGGCAUCCACUGUUAACAUAUCACUUAUUCUAUCUGUUAUCCCUCAUUUGACAUGUUGUAUCUAAGUGUCAAACAUUUUGUUCAGAUACCAUAAAAGGGUAAACUAUAAUAAACUGUAACUUAUAUUUUUACAUCAGAUUUUGUAAAUGUUAUUACAAAAUUCAGUGUAUGAAUUGUAAUUUAUUUGUACAAUUACGAAUGAAAUAACUUAAUCAGUGUUUGUACUUCUUGUUUUGUAACAAUUUUUGUUUAAGACAAUAACACUGUCUAGUACUGAGAGCUUGGUAACAGUUGAUGUAUUUUUGUAACACAAGCUGUCUAUAUUGCCCGAACUGAAGGCACAGAACGUGUGCAAGUUGUUGAUGUUGGCUUGAUUCUUUAGUACUAAACUCAGCUGCACAGCAAUCGUACUAAAGAUAUGAGUGGUUGAACACAUUAAGUGUUUGACGAUUACGCUUACUAAUCAAUAAUAAACUUAUUUCAAUGUA